AUGUUGUCAAGAGCCUCCAUCAUGGCUGAAAAUAUCAAGAUGAAUCUACAACCGGCUCCCCAUUCUGUUCUCUACGCACCUGGAUUCCCUCGUGUCCAUGCCGAGAACUAUCCACACGGAGACCGCGCAGCAUUUGCUAAAUAUUAUCCAUAUGGAAUUCCCGUCACAUACAAGAUGAUGCAUGGGGUGCAUUCGCAGGGAGUAGCUCAGACGUAUUUGGAGGACCAUCUUCCUGUUGGAUUCUAUACCAAUGUGCCGGCCAAGGCAAGGGCUUUCAUUUCAACCUCGAAUGGAAGCCGACCGUUUCGAAAGCUGGAUCAUAUCUUGCCCCAGCGUCGCAUUCACCUGUGGUCUAAAGACGAAAUCCAAGGCAUUUGCAACUCGCUCCGCAAGGUCUUUUGGAACGAGCUGAAGAACAUGCAGCAGCCACACUGUUGGGACGACUUGUGGACAUUCUUCGACGCCCACGACCUCUACCAUAAUGGCUGCAUGAAUCUCUGGAACGUCGUCAACACGCUCUGGGAUGAAAAUACGCUCAUAUCUGUCGAUGUGAGGCGAGAAGUAGCUGCUCACAUCGGUCAUUGGGCGGAUGAGUGGCUCAAGCGAGAGCAAAACCAGGACAAGUUGGCCAAGUGGCAAGAAUCUCACGGCCCCAUCUUCCGCAUUCUCGAUGAUCAAGACCAUGACUCUCUGGGAUUGAUACACGAUGACGUGGUGCCGCUGAUCGCAAGCGCGUUGAGAGGUCGUCGCAGCUUUCUUCUCUCCAACAAGGAGAAAAAGCAAGCUGAAGAGCCUGCAGACUUGAUGACGGCAUGUCGGACAAACAGCAUUGAAAACUGGCUUACCGGCCAGCGAGUUUUUGAUAACAAUGGCCUGCCUCCUCCUCCUCUGUCUGAACCCCAUCGCGGUUCUUCGGUGCCGAAUAUGCCAGCUCCCUGCAUUGUGGAAAAUGGGAAGCACUACUUUCUCCCACAGCAUUGUUUCCCACUUAUGGAAUCGCCUAGUGGACCUAUACAAGCUCUUCAAGCUUUGCAGAAGUCUGCCGAGGCCGCUGUACCAUCGCGACAAUCCACCAAAUCUGGUGUGGUCAUCGUCAAUGGUAGCAAUUUGCCGAAACAACUGCAAAGCUCCAUCAACAAAGCCGAGAAGAAGAAAGCUAGUGAGUUUCAGGAUCAGAGUGAUCCUCGAAGAAUUGCGUCGAUGCCAGAAACGUCAUCACCUGCAGCUUUAGGCUCCGGUCUAGAUUCAAAGCACAACACGGUUUUGCCGGCUUCUGGUAAUGGAGAUGCUUCUGUCACAGAAGCGAGACGAAGUUCCGAGUCAGCAUCUUUAUCAACUUCCAACAAGAUCUCCUCGGACCACCCGUUGCCCUCCGAGAAAGCAGGCGGAGAGAGCACGGUGAACAAACUCAUCAGAGAAGUCGCCGAGCUAGAGCACAAUAAGCAAGAUACAUCGGUCGACCAACCGUUUGAUAAGAGAUACUCAGGAAACGUUCGACAACUAGAGAGUAGAAUCCAUCCGGAAAGCGAAGGCCAAUUUCCACUACAUGAAGCCGCGAGACUUGAAAAUAAUCAAGUUUACGGCACAGAUGGGCCUUUUAACGACCCUACAAUCAUGACAAGGCAAUGGCAUUCUUCCCAAAGAUUUCACAGGUUGCCGCAAGAUCAAAGACAUCCCAUUGGUAAUUCGCCGGACGACUUCACGAGACAAAAUCUCGCGGCCCCCGUGAAAGCGUCGCCGGAGCCGACUCCUUUUUAUAUGCAGCCGGAGAAAGCUUUCAUUCCGCACCCUUCAUCGAAAAAUGGGUUCCCAAAUCAGAGCGGCCAUUUCUACGCUACUGCCAAUAGGCCGGUGCCUCAUUCUACUCCAUAUAGAGACAUUUCUGGAAGCUCUCAAGUUAUGCCUCUCCAACAGCUAGUUAAUGGGACGCAUUCUGGUGCUGUGGCAGCUUCCAAGUUGUGUAGUACUGCUACCAAUGGGUCUGAUGCAAGUGUUCAGCUUGCCCAAUCAACUCGGUCUGAAAUGUUGCAUGGCUCCUCAACAUCCUCGAUGCAUAAUGACUACGGAAAUGACAGCCAACCCUACAAUAAAGUAGGACAGCGUCGGGGAUCGUCUGCUCAAAAGACUCAUGGGUGGAACUCGGGACAGCAGGCUCAUUUGGACCACCAUCCUACCCCGCGCGAGCCCUACUUGAAUAAAUCGUGGCGACGAAGCGCCCAACCGGAUAGAACUCGACAGGCCUCUUGGUGCCUUAAUCCCGGAGGCUCGCAUGGUGUGGAAUAUACUCAUUGCCCUUGCAGUGGCUGCAAUGAACGCAAUAGGAGUAUAUGGGUGAGGGUUUUCCACGACACCUUCGCGCCGAAUAUAGACGUCCAAACGACCCUCAAGUUUGGUAUUGGCAGCAGGUUCGGUCAAGUGGAAGAGGUUUACCCAGCUCCAUCUCAAAACAAAGAUGCGUUUAUCGUGCGAUUCGCAAAGGAGCCAUCCGUGCCGCAAGCUCUCGCAUUUGGUGCAGGCACGCUUGCAGAGAAAGGCAUCAGAAUAAUCAUUCGGCCUGCUCAUCGAUCCAAAUGGGUGAAUAAUCACCAACACCAACAAACAAGGAGGCUUCCGCCAUUACCAAUUACUCACCAGCAGCCAGCGUGGGACGCAUCAACUCCAUCAAGCAUGAACGUUGGUAACGCUCAUCCAGCAGGUCCUGGUCCUUCGUCGUCGGCUACACCUACGCGUACACCAGAACGAGGUCAGAUUGCAAACUCGUCAAGCUGCAAGGGCACUGAAAUUUUGCCCUGUGAAAUAGGAUCAGAUCCAACUGUAGCUCAGGAGACUACAUUGCCUGUUGAGACUGCCAGUAGACCAGGUACCGACCAGCCAAGGGAGGCCCUGCAGUCUACUGAUAACCGCGGCCGGGCAACAUCGGUGAAGGAUGAGGAGCCCUAUGAGCCUGAACAAGCGUCCACUCGAGCUGCACUCUCCGUGCAAACAAAAAAGGCCAAGAAAAAAGAGACGGUUUCGCAAUCAAAGCCGCUGCCUCAAGCAUAUGCUGGCGGAGAAGACAGUAAAUGCAGUGAAAAGGUUCUGGGAGGCGAAGAUGGUAGACGCUCUUUGUCUAAGAAGGCUCGAGUUGCGUUACCAAGCAGUCCUGUGAUGCUAGCUGGCGCUUCAGUAGAAGAGUGCAAAGCGAGCUCGUCCGCCGCGCCUCAUUCAGACACAGGAGAUGGCAGUUCCACGCCCAAGGACCAGCAAGGACAAGCUAAAGAGACGCAUACAUCCGAACAGGUGGGCAUUCCAUGCCCAACAAACACUAGCACCACUGAAACAGGGGUGAAGAAUGAUGCAAAGACGGAGAAAGAUCAACCAUCAGUCUCAAGUCACUUUAAGAAGGCACAGAAUUCUGUCCCAAAGGUGGGCGCAGAUUUGUCACCAACAACCAAAAUCUCCGAGAACAUCUUCACAGAAGAUGAAAUCAGAGAGCGAAAACAGGCCUGGAUUAGGAUUCCUAUGCCAUUGGAUCUACGGAAAUCCAAGAAGUUAGGAACGUCUGUCACAUCCGGUCAACCGCCCAUGUCACAAAAAACUCAGAAGGAGGUCUCAAAUGAUGUGAUGAAGAAUACGAGAGUUCCUGCAUCAUGUGUAGAUGAGAGGGCUCAGCUGGAGGCAUCAAAUAUUUCAGGAGUGGACAAAAUCACACUCGAUGAGUCAGUGGAAAGAGUUGAGGAAUCGACUGAGGCAGUUGAAGAUGUAGUUCAGAAGCUUGUGAAAGAUGAAGGGUCUAACCUUGAACAAAGGCUUUGCGCGCCCAAUGAACAGCCGAGAAUUGCUCUCAGGAAUGAAGAUUCUUCUUCUUCUUCUAAACUAGAACCAUCCGAGUCAAUCCAUCGGGCGCCAGAGCAGUUAGUUGAGGAUACUCUGACGACUCCCGGGAUGGUGUUGACCACUGAUGAUGGCAAAGCAAGUACUGAGGCAAACAACCAAAGCAAACCGAAAACGAAGUGGAACAAGAACAAAAAGGCCAAGAAGCGCCUGGCUUCAGCACUGCAGGCUGACUUGCAAAAGGAAACUGGCAGCCAGGAGGUGUCGCCGUCCGACUUGGGGACAUCUGCUGUGCCUGCGAAAGAAAAGCUUCAAACGAGCCAUGAUACGCUCAUACCAAGCUCUGCAACUGCUGGGCCCACUUCCCACUCUCUUCAAUUUUCUGAAAAGAUUGAUGAAUUAUCAACUGAACCGCUAGGGGGGCCUAGGGAGCAGACAAUGACGGGCAAUAGAACUCAGUAUCCUUAUGAUACUCUACCGCGCGGUCGACUGGAUUUCAGGAGCAAUGCGGGCGGCUCUUUGAAGAUUCCGAAAAAGCGGAAGAACAAGUACCCCUCCAUUACUUCAAAGACGUUUGAAGCAUCGACAACCGGCAGGCUCGUAUCGACACAAUCGAGAGAUGCUGCUGGUGGCCCGACGCCAACAACUGACAUCAAGGGUGCGAUUGCAACCAGUUCGGUAACACCCGCAGGUGAAGCUGAUGCUUCCAAGAAGAGUCGCCUGAAUCCACUGGCAACAGCUUUUGUGUCUCCUCGCAAACCCACUACGACAGGAGCAAGCACUGAGGCCGUUUCGUAUUCUCCUAGAGCAGCCUCUUCUCGAGCGGGAUUGGCAGAGGUUUCUCUCGAGAAAAUGCAGCCCCCCUCUAAGUUUAAGAUUAUGCGAAGACCAGCGACAACAAACAACUCGCCGUCAAAGGCGCCGCAGCUGAGAGAAAAGCUCAACCAAGGCCCCAAAGGAGCUGAUGGCUUUGAGAGUCCGACCAAGCAACAGGAGAACAAUCGCAAUGAAAUCCAGCGUGACUGGUCCAAAGACAAGCAUCAACGGGAGCGCGAAAACGUCAGAUUGACAAAUUCGAAUACUACAUCGCCUCCAAAGGACGGUGGAAAGAAGAAUGUUGGCCUCGAUACACAGGAUUGGCCAGCAUUGCCCGUGUCUCGAGUGAGAUCUGCUACUCUUGAGUAA